GGAAAUGUAUUCAGAAACUCAGAUCUUAGUAAGUCUGAGGUUCAGGGAUUGCAAACCUGUCUCACUCAAAUCAUUAAAAGUAUUAAAGAUAAGGUAUGCAGCAUUCCUAGUUCUUCUGCUGAUCAAAGCUCAGCAAGCCUGAUCCAGGCUGUACCCUUUAUUAAGACAGAAAGAAUGGAUGAGGAAUGUUAUGAAUCCAGCAUUAAUUCUCCACAUAGUUUGCUUGAUGUUCCCCUCCAUCCCUUAGAAUGUAGGGAACAAUUAAAAAUGAUUAUAAAAAAAGAAGAACCUGACGGUAAUGUACACCUAAAGACACAGAUUAAAAAGGAAAAAUUAGAUGAUGCAAGUACUUUCAUUUCUGCCCAGGAGGUACCAAAAAGACUGCAUGAAGGAUGGCAAUUUAAAUUAUCUAAAGUAAUUGAAAAAGCGACAAGUUUGAAGCAAAACACAGUAGAUGUAGUGCCUGAAAGUAAAAUAAGCAGCAGUGAAGUUAACUCCAACCCAGUACAAAAGCCAUAUGAAAAAGCAAAAAGUUUACCAUAAUGAAAGCAAGUCAGAUGAUUUAAGUGACAGUGAUGAAAACAUAUCUCGGAAAGAACGUUUCAAAAAAUGUGUGGACAAAAGUCAACAGACCACUCAUGGCAGUCUUCCUGUAAGUGAGCAUUUUCAAAGACUGUCCUUAGGCAACAACCCAGCAAUUCGACCCAUAAAGAAAGAAUUUCAAGGGGUCGCUGAGGUCAGCUCUUCCAGCUUUGUUGAAAGCAAUGCUGACACUGUAGUGGACAAUGAAAUGGAUGAUGAUGCUCUCCCCUUGGCUGUGGUUAAGAAAAAGCUUCUAACGAAAAAUUCCAAAAAGUCAGCUCUUAUAAACAUUCAAAUGAACCACAAUUGCAAUAACACAGCAGAGGUGACCCAGAAAAAAGAUUCAAAUUUUUCUGCUGAUUCAAAUCGGCAGGUAUCUGAUGUACCUGAGUAUUCUUCAAUAAAGAGGAAAGUUAAAGGGGCAACCAGAGCUAUUGGGGAUGAUGAUAUUUCCGUCAAAACAGAAAUUGAUAGUAUCAUAACAAUCUCAGAUGACACUGACCAAGAAGAAGAAGAAGAAGAAUCUUUUUGCAAAUCUGGUCAAGAUACUUCAGAAAAACUGAUGCAUAGACCAGAACAAGUUAAGUCUGAGCCUGGCAAUCCAAGUUUUGAGGAGUAUGGAUCACAAUGUUUCGAAUUUGAAACUGAGGAUGAUAUAUAUUCUGUGUGGACUGACUCACAGUUGGAGGAGAAGCCUAAUAAUGUCCAAGAAAAUAAAUCCUCAAGGCCAGAGACCAGUAGUAUUGAGGACUUGGACCAGAACAAUGAUUUCAAUCAGUGGGGGUAUGACACGGACUACGUUUCUGAUGAAAUGAUAGCAAAUGCAGCAGAAAAUGCAGAACAGCAAUUUAAACUAUCAACCUCUGCUGCAAACACUCAGUCUAGAAAGGAGCACGGUGUUAAUAAAGCACAUGAAGCUGUGAAUUCCAGCAUGUUUUAUGGAAAACGAUCCCAUGAGUCUGUCACUGAAAGAGGUCCUAAAGGUAAACGGCCCAAAUUGGCUAAAGAACCAUUUUCUUUCAAUGCCAAGAGUAGAAACACAGAAGCUCCAACAACACAAAGAAAACUGCAAACUGCCAAAGCAAACAAAGCUGAAGAUCUUUUAAAGGCUCAGGGACAUGUCAGGAAGAAUGGAAGCCCAAGUAAAGGUUCCCUUGCUGUGGUCCCACCAAAGAAACUACACAAGUGUCCUGAACCAACCUCCACUGUCGAAAAGCUAAGGCUAAAAAAGCCUCCCCGCAGAGCUUUUGACCUGUCCCAAAGAUCCCUUGAUAGCUUGGCCGAAUUACGAAAUUAUGGCAAAUCUGCAGGAUUUGUUGAGACUAAAAAACCUAAAUCAAAACUUAUUUCACCACAGUCAAUUUUAACAAAAGGUAAUAAGUUGUUAGCUUGCCAGGAUCAACAGUUUUAUCGACAGUCCAGGCCUAAGGAUACAGAGAAAAGGAGAUUGAGUAGUGGUUCUGAAAACAGUGGCAAAAAUGCAGGGAUGCCAACAAAGCAAAGUGGACACAAGCCAGGGGAUCAGACCUCUCUUCCAGAUCAACUGAACAGAGCAGAGAAUCUAGAGAGGCCAAAACAGGAAGAACCUCAGGGAUGUGGGCUUAUGGAUGCAAAAAAAAAUUACAUUAGCAUUUCUGAAACAACUAAAGAUACUGAAACUAAUGACCAUCCUGUUGCUGACUUGGUGCCGCAGUUGAAUUCUCAAGAGAAUGACCAUGCUCAGUCUACCAUGCCAACUACUCCUUAUGAUCACAGAGAUAAUGAUGAUGAUGAUGAUGAAAAUGACUUGUUUUUAACACAGGCAGAUCCAAUUGAUAUGGAUUUGUGUUCGCAGUUAGAGACUGACAUAAGUGUUGGCAUACCUCAAGAAACGUGUCUGUCCAAUGUUGAUCAUUGUCCAUCAGUUCCUCAUCUGACAGAUGUACCAAAAUGCAGUUUUAAGGACUGCACAGAGCUUGUCACAGUUUCUGGUGAUAAGUGUCAGAUACAGUCUGCUCCUGAGAAAAAAGAGGAUCACAUGUUUGCCCGACCUGGUUUGCCCCCUUCUCUUCAAAAACCACACAGACCUUCCACUGCUAAAGUUUAUAGUUCUGGGACAACCUCUCGAACUGCCAGUCUCACAAAAAGAUCUCGAAAGCCUCCCAAAGCACCUGCCUACUGCAAAGGCAAAAACUCCGUCAUCAAAACCAUCUGUGCCUAGAACAACUAUGCAACCUUCUGUCCAAAACAAAGCUCCAGUGUCUCAGAGUACAAGCAAUGUUCUGAAACCUCUGAUCAAUCAAAACAACAUCCCCAUACAGUGCAGUUCUAAUUCUAUUCAAAGAACUGGAAUGAAUCCUCUUGCUUCUUUCCGAACACCACAUAGGGACCAGACCUGGUUGCUGCGAGAAGUUCUGAACUGGAAAUUUGAUAUGUUUGACAACAUUGCACAGUUUGGGCCCCCCAACAAACUUUGUCAGUUGCCAUUGUUAAAAGUACCACUCAGAUUUUCAGAUUAUGAGGAGUACUUCACCGUCUUUUGCCCAUUGAUGCUCCUGAACACUUUUGAAUCGCUGGCACAGGAAUGGGCAGUAAAACAACCUUCACUCACUUCCCAUUUGUGUAAGCUUCACUUGCAAAAUUUCUGCUCGGAAAAAAACCAGAUGUACAGAGGAGAAUUCCAAGUCUGGAUUCGAAAUAUGGAUUUGAACAUGCAGUGGCUCCCAAAAGAAGGCGAUCUUGUAUUCCUGAUAGUGCCUGAGUCUCCAAGCACAUCGCCCAAAGAAGAGAGUGAUUUACAAGCACCCCCAUUUUACCACACAGGACAUGUUUCCCGCUUCAUACGCACGCAAUACACACAGACCUUGGAGAAGGAACAGUACACACUCUGUGAGCUGAGCAUUCACACCCAUGGAAAUCUUUUACCAUACUGCAAACAGCAAGUACGGUGUGCAGUGAUUGGCAGCUUGAUAACCACUCAGAGGCAGUACAAAGCUCUUAUACAACUGCAGAGGAACCCUUUAUUUAAGCCUAUUAUCUAUCCUACCAUGAAUGAUUUCCUUCCACGAAAUAAGCUUGAAAACAAUGGCAGUUGGCUUCCCAUCUCGAAGGAGUUCAACAGUGACCAGAGAAACGCCAUUGAGAAUGCCUAUGCUAUGGUUACACAGCACCCCCGAUUGCCAAGAAUAUGUAUGAUCCAUGGACCUCCUGGCACUGGAAAGUCAAAGACUAUCGUUGGCUUGCUCUAUAGAAUUCUCAUGGAGAAGCAGAGAAAUAUUCCUGAUCAGAACUUCAAUGCCAAGAACAAGAGAAACCGAGUACUUGUGUGUGCUCCUUCCAAUGCUGCCCUGGAUGAUCUGAUGAAGAAGAUUAUAUUGGAGUUCAAGGAAAAAUGUCAUGAUAAGAAGAAUACUCUGGGAAACUGCGGUGACAUUAACUUGGUCAGGUUGGGUUCAGAGAAAUCCAUUUCCUCAGAUGUUGUGAAAUUUAGUCUGGACUGCCAAGUGAACUACAGAAUCAACAAAGCUUCUCAAGAUCCCUCUGUGCUCAAGCAAAAGGAAGCAUUGGACAAACAACUGGAUGAAUUCUCCCGUCAGAGAGCUAUGGAGAGGUGUCACAAGAAAACUUGUGACGAGUUGGAUCAGAAAAUAGCCAAACUGACAAGAGAGAGGCAGUAUGUGGCCAAUGUGUUAAAGGAGCAGCGUAGACGACCUCAGGAAGUUCAACGGAAUAUCAUUCUGGAGUCUCAUGUCAUUUGCUGCACACUGAGCGCGAGUGGUGGCAUCCUGCUGGAAUCAGCCUUCAGGCAGCUUGGACAGGAGCCAUUCAGUUGUGUCAUUGUGGAUGAGGCAGGGCAGUCAUGUGAAGUGGAGACCCUCAUUCCGCUUCUCCACCGAUGUUGUAAAUUGGUGUUAGUGGGAGACCCAGAACAACUUCCACCAACUGUUAUAUCAAUGAAAGCAGAGGAACUAGGUUAUGGGCAAUCUUUGAUGUCUCGGCUCUGCCAAAUCCUAGAAGCCUCUGGCACCAAUACUCCAAUCAUGCGUCUGACAAUACAAUACCGUAUGCACCCUGAUAUUUGCCUCUUUCCCUCCAAACACUUUUACAACUCUAUGCUGAAAACUGAUAGGGCAAUAGAGGAAGUCCGGUGCUCCUCAGACUGGCCAUUCCAACCUUACAUGGUAUUUGAUGUUUCUGAUGGUUUAGAAAUGAAAGAGAAGGAGUCCUUCUCCAACCUAUCGGAAAUCCAAAUGGUGGUGGCCCUAAUAAAGCUUAUUAAGAGCAAGAAAAAAGAGUUCUGCUUCCGAAAUAUUGGCAUUAUUACCCCGUACCGUGCUCAGAAAAUCAGGCUUAUUGCUGAGCUUAAGAAAACUUUUGGUGAUAACUCAAUGCCAGGUGAAGUGGACACGGUUGAUGGUUUCCAAGGUCGACAAAAAGAUUGUAUAAUUGUCACAUGUGUACGAGCCAAUUCAAUCCAAGGCUGUAUUGGAUUUUUGGCCAGUAGACAACGUUUAAAUGUGACAAUUACAAGAGCCAAAUUCAGCCUGUUCAUCUUAGGAAGCUUUCGAACACUGAUGGAGAACAAGGACUGGAACCAUUUAAUCCAGGACGCACAGCGUAGAGGUGCUCUUGUAAAAACAAAGAAGGAACUUUACCAGAGAGAUGUGAACAGAAUACUGAAACUGAAGCCUGUAAUACAGAGGACUACUUCUUUUCCUCCCACUAAACCAGUAGAAGUCCACACACCUCCAGUGGAAGCACCAGGCAGAGGCAUCAAUACUCUACCAGUACAUGGAGGUCCACCUCUCACAAGAACUAUAGCACACCCUGCUGUAGAUGUAAGGUUACACAACAGUUCCAGGUCUCUGUCGGUACCCCCCCCCAGUGCCAGAAAGGAAAAUACCCAGCAAUAUGGGACCUCCUGCUAUUCCUUUAGCAUCAAGUGGAAAGCUGCGGGAUCCCAGACUGGCGCGCCGGUGUGAAGAAACAAGGAGUAACAACACACCACCAUCUAGUCUGCAGCAGAGUUCUAAUACAAACUUUUCCCAAGGUCGUCGCUAUCAGAACUUUUCUCCAUCUUCCGGCACGGGAGUUAAACGACCUUCACAGCCUUCACGUGGAGAUCCGUGGUCCAGCCAACUACAAAAUGAAGACAGAGAUCAAGAAUAUCGAGGUCAUAAAGCCAAGCAAUUCCAGAAAAGGAAAGUGUCUUAG